GACAGUUAAACUUGAAAUCGAUUCCAAUGGGCUGUAUGCUCGAACCCCUUAACAGCAUCAGAAAGAUACCAAAGUCAAGACAACAAGAAACACAUCACUUUCUCAACUUAUAAAUAACAACCUGUAAGCUCACAUCGACAUCUCCUUCCCUCAUAAGAGAAAACUAAACUCACUUUCUCUCCUUUUCUAGGCUAUUUUUAUUUUCCCAUCCCCCAAACAUUCCCGUAUGAGUAACUAUAACAUGAAGGUGUCAUCGUCUCCCAAGGUCAGCAAACACGUGGAGUGUCUCAGACAUCUUCAGAGCCAACAUGAUGAGCUGGAAGCACAGUUUCUUGAGGAGAGAAAGGCAUUAGAAGCUAAAUACCACAAGCUUUAUCAACCACUAUACACUAAGAGAUAUGAGAUUGUGAAUGGUCUAGAAGAAGUUGACGGGGUUAUGUCUGCUGAAUUAGAUAGCAUAAAAGAGGAUCAAGCUACAGAAGAGAAAGGAGUGCCUGAAUUCUGGCUCACUGCAAUGAAAACUCAUGAAGUACUAGCAGAGGAGAUUAAGGGACAAGAUGAAGGAGUCCUAAAGUUCAUAAAAGAUAUCAAGUGUUCGAGACUUCAAAAUCCUGAGGGUUUCGAGCUGGAGUUUUACUUCAACCCUUGUCCUUACUUCAAAAAUUCUGUCCUGACAAAGACUUACCACAUAAUUGAUGAAUCUGAUCCUAUUUUGAGUCAAGCAAUUGGGACGGAAAUUGAAUGGUUUCCUGGGAAAUGCUUGACGAAGAAGGUGAUUGUGAAGAAGAAACCAAGAAUGGGGUCAAAGAUUGCAAAAAUCAUCACAACAAUUGAGAACUGUGAAAGUUUCUUCACAUUCUUUAAUCCUCCUCAUAUCCCUGAGAAUGAGCAUGGUCUUGAUGAUGAUGCUAAUGAUGAACUUCAGGACCGGAUAGAACAGGACUACAAUGUAGGUAUUAUUAUUCGGGACAAAAUCAUUCCACAUGCCAUGUCAUGGUUUACUAGAGAGGUUAUCGAGGAUGUUGAGUUGGAAGGUAUAGAUUAUGAUGGUGAUGGUGAUGGUGAUGGUGAUAAGGCUGAGGCCGAGGCUGAGCGAGAAGAGAAAACAAAACAAGGUGUGAAGGACAUCAAAGAGGACCAUGAUGAGGAUGAGGAUGAGGAUGAGGAAAAUGAAAGAAAAUGGGGCCUGAAGAAGGAUGAUGAUGAGGAUGAGGCUGAAGCUAAGAAGAAUAAUGAUAGGGAUGAGGAGGACAAUGAAAGCGACAAGAAGGCUGAGCAAGAAGAGAAAAUAAAACAAGGUGUGAAGGAGAUCAAAGAGGACCAUGAUGAGGAUGAGGAAGAGGAAAAUGAAAGAAAAUGUAGCCUGAAGAAGGAUGAUGAUGAUGAUGAUGAUGAGGUUGAAGAUGAGGAGAAUAAUGAUACGGAUGAGGAGGACAAUGAAAACGACAAGAAGGCUGAGCAAGAAGAGAAAAUAAAACAAGGAGUGAAGAAGGACAUCAAAAAGGACCAUGAUGAGGAUGUGGAUGAGAAAAAUGAAAGAAAAUGGGGUCUGAAGAAGGAUGAUGAGGAUGAGGACGGGGAGGCUGGAGAUGAGGAGAAUGAUGAUGUGGAUGAGGAGGACAAUGAAAGCGACAAGGAGGUUGAGCAAGAAGAGAAAAGAAAACAAGGUGUGAAGAAGGACAUCAAUGAACACCAUGAUGAGGAUGUGGAUGAGAAAAAUGAAAGAAAAUGGGGUCUGAAGAAGGAUGACGAGGAUGAGGACGGGGAGGCUGGAGAUGAGGAGAAUGAUGAUGUGGAUGAGGAGGACAAUGAAAGCGACAAGGAGGUUGAGCAAGAAGAGAAAAGAAAACAAGGUGUGAAGAAGGACAUCAAUGAACACCAUGAUGAGGAUGUGGAUGAGAAAAAUGAAAGAAAAUGGGGUCUGAAGAAGGAUGACGAGGAUGAGGACGGGGAGGCUGGAGAUGAGGAGAAUGAUGAUGUGGAUGAGGAGGACAAUGAAAGCGACAAGGAGGUUAAGCAAGAAGAGAAAAGAAAACAAGGUGUGAAGAAGGACAUCAAUGAACACCAUGAUAAGGAUGAAGAAAAGGAAAGAAAAUGGGGCAAGAAGAAGGAUGAUGAUGAGGAUGAGGAGAAUGAUGAUGGGGAUGAGGACAACAAUGAAAGCAACAAGGAGGCUGAGCAGGAAGAGAAAAGCAAACAAGGUGUGAAGAAGGACAUCAAAGAGGACCAUGAUGGGGAUGAGGAUGAGGAAAAGAAAAGAAAAUGGGGCCUAAAGAAGUUUGAUGAUGAUGAUGAGGAUGAGGAUGAAGAUGAAGAUGAGGAGAAUGAUGAUUGGGAUGAGGAUGACAAUGAUGAUGAUGAGGAUGAGGAUAAAGAUGAGGAGAAUGAUGAUUGGGAUGAGGAUGAUGAUGAUGAUGAUGAUGAUGAUGGUGAUGAGGAUGAAGAUGAGGAGAAUGAUGAUUGGGAUGAGGAGGACAAUGAUGAAGAUAAUGAUUAUGGGGAUGAAGAGAAGAAUGAAAACGACAAGGAGGUUGAGCAAGAAGAGAAAAGAAAACAAGGUGUGAAGAAGGACAUCAAUGAAGACCAUGAUGAGGAUGGGGAUGAGGAUGAAGAAAAGGAAAGAAAAUGGGGUCAGAAGAAGGAUGAUGUUGAGGAUGAGGAGAAUGAUGAUUGGGAUGAGGACAACAAUGAAAGCAAUAAGGAUGCUGAGCACGAAGAGAAAAGAAAACAAGGUGUGAAGAAGGACAUCAAAGAGGACCAUCAUGGGGAUGGGGAUGAGGAAAGGAAAAGAAAAUGGGGCCUGAAGAAGUUUGAUGAUGAUGAUGAGGAUGAAGAUGAGGAGAAUGAUGAUUGGGAUGAGGAGGACGAUGAUGAUGAGGAUGAAGAUGAGGAGAAUGAUGAUUGGGAUGAGGAGGACAAAGAUGUGGAGAAUGAUUAUGGGGAUGAGGAGGACGAUGAUGAUGAAGGUGAGGAGAAUGAUUACGAGGAUGAGGAGGAGGACAACGACGAGGUGUUGCGAUGUCGUGGUUGCACAAUUUAAUUAUCCUAUCUUAAAUAAACAAGAUAGUAUAGAAUAAGUAAGGGGUCGAUCCCAUGAGGAAGGUUUAAUUCAAAUUUUUAUGUUGUAAGAUAUACAAUUGGGGGGGUUGUGAAGUUAUCUAAUGGUAUGCUAUAGUAAACAGAAAGAAACAAUUAAUGCUAAGUCAAAGAAAACAGAAAUUUAUCAAGAAAAACAAACCUUGAUCGCAAGUUGGUCAA